UUUCUUUUUCUUUCUUUUCCCUUUUAUUGUCUUUAUUUUUAUUCUUAUUCAUGGACUUUACUUGGGUAAACGACGGACAAAAUCCUCGUAAAAAUCCGAAUCCACUACAAAAAUCACCCAAUCUAUCGCUCUCUUCAGCGAGACUACCAAGCGAUAUGACAAGUCAACCUGGUUCGCGUGUUUCUUUUACGCCCGCGUUGUCUCCUUCCAGCACUUCUCCACUCAAAAGAUCGCGUGCAGAUACAAUGCCUUCUCAGUCUUCUGCUUUUCCAUAUGCAGCCGAUAUGUAUUUAGUCAAUCCAACUAUGCCACCUAUGGAACCAAGUACACGCCACCGUUCAGGUUCAAUGACACUACCUACUCCUUUUCAGCCCGAGAGUGGAUUUAGUCCUUAUGACCCCUCCAGCCCUAUUGACGAGAAUGCCUCCAACACGAUUGCUUCUACUUUAGCUUCACUCGGCCUCGAUGAUGAAGUCAAUCAUUCAUUUGAUGCUGAACGUACAUCUGCGCGUGGUCGGUCCUAUACAGUCGCAGGACAACUGAACCAUUUAGCACCCUUUAGUCCAUUUUCACCUCAGACACGGUCAAGUGUAUUGCAUCGACCUCGAGCCAUCAGUCUAGGCAUGGCUGAUUCGUUUUCUCUUUUUGAAGGAAAUCAGCCAACCAUGCCACGGCCCAGAAAGGAAACACCUCUUCGAUCCUCACGCAGCAGCAGUAAUCUGUUGGACAUGCAUGAAGAACAAGAAGACGAUGAUCAAGAAUACUAUGGUCAGCCAGACGGUGCUGAUUCACCUUCAUCUGCACAAGCCCAGAUACCUUCUCGUGCUCUCUGGUUAGGUAACAUUAAUCCGAGCAUUAGUGUCCCUGAUCUUGUCCAGUUGUUUUCUGCUUAUGGUCAAGUGGAAAGUGCUCGUAUCUUGUCUGACAAAGAAUGUGCGUUUGUGAAUUUCAUGACCAUGGAAUCUGCUGUGGCUGCUAAAGAAGAUUUAGAGACACGACUGGGAUCCAAAUUGGGCGGUACGCCUGUCCGUGUUGGGUUUGGCAAAGCCGAUGUCAACCUGGCUAUGGCAUUGACAAACGAAGCAGGUCCUAACGCACAAGGCCCCACGCGUGCUUUAUGGGUGGGCAAUAUUCCUGCCAACAUGAACCCAGCUAUUUUGCGCAACAUCUUUGCUGCUUUUGGUGCGAUUGAGUCUGUCCGUGUCUUAUCACACAAGAACUGUGGAUUCAUCAACUUUGAUUAUCAAGAAGACGCAGUUCGUGCACGUAAAGCACUUCAAAACAAAGAGAUUUUGGGUCCUGGUACUGGUGCUGUCCGUAUUGGGUUUGCCAAAGUGCCGUCGAAUCAUCCGGACGAAACGGAAGAUACACCCGUACCUCAGAAACCAGUCAAGCCACCCACUACAGCACCUGAAGCCUAUCAAGCUACCCAAUGGGCUACAGCCAUGAUGAUGACCAACAUGAUGAUGAGUGCGUCGGGUCAACAGCAGACAACACAACCCAGCUUAUAUACAGCCAUUGCUUCUGAAAGACAGUUUAUUAUGCAACAAUUGAACCACGAACCCUCUGAUCGACUCAAAGAAGAUCGUAUGCCCUUGACGUAUUGUUCUGUCAUUCCUCCUGUGCCUGAACUUAGUGCAGAUAGAAGAUUGGAGCCUCUUCGUCUUCGUGAGAUGAGAAAGAGACUAGAGAAUGAUGAAAAUCAAUCUCAGGAAGAAGUGGAAUUGAUUGCUGCUGAAUGUACAGAGGAAAUUGUUGAAUUAUGCAGUGAUUAUAUUGGCAAUACAGUCAUUCAAAAACUAUUUGAGCAUUGUACAGAAGAAACAAAGUUGCGCAUGCUGGAAAAGAUUGCUCCUUUUCUUGCGUCGAUUGGUGUUCAUAAGAAUGGUACAUGGGCUGCUCAAAAGAUCAUUGACUAUGCCAAUACAUUUGAACAGAUUCAAUUAGUGCGUCAACAUAUUGCGCCUUAUGUACCCUUGUUGUUGUUGGAUCAAUUUGGUAAUUAUGUAGUUCAAUGCUGUUUGCGCAAAGGAAGUGAACACAACCAGUAUAUUUUUGAUGCUAUUGUUGAUAAAUGUUGGGAAAUUGGACAAGGUCGAUUUGGUGCUCGCGCUGUUCGUUCCAUUCUUGAAAACCCUAUUGCGACUAAAGAACAACAGGUCUAUGUUACCGCAGCCAUUGUGCAGAAUACUGUGUUAUUGACGACCAAUGCAAAUGGUGUCUUGUUACUCAAUUGGCUUUUAGAUACCUCUGGACUUCCAGGUCGUUAUCGUGUUUUAUGCCCUCGUCUUUUACCCUAUUUAAACAAACUUUCUUCUCACAAGUUGGGAUCCUUGACUGUUCAUAAAGUGAUCAACCAAACAGAAGAACCUGAUGCUUCUGCCUUGUUGUUGAAUGCAUUGUCAGACAAGGCCAAAAUGGAUUUAAUGAACAACAAAAAAUGAUGUAUAUAACAUAUACUUAUUUAUGCCGCCUACUUGUUUUUCACCUAUUAAUUUCUUAUUCUAUAAUAGAUUCUUAUUUCAUAUAUACACAUUUAACAUUUCAAGCAUGUCAUUUCAUUUUUCAUUUUAAUAAAGUUAUUGAUCAAAUUACUGAAAGAGAAGGUUAG